AUGCUCAUUUCAUUAUUACUAUUAUUUAUUCCAUAUUGCUACUCAAUUCUAUACAAUGGCAAAUAUUUCGAAAUCAAGGACAGAAUAAAUGUUGAAUGUAUUCGAAAAAAUAAUCUACAAGAAUACAAAUAUUUGGGAAACAAGAAUAAAACCGUAAGUGGACAAAACUGCGAAACGUGGAAUACGGUGACCAAAAGUUGGUUCAAUUCCGCGACAGUUGAUGCCAAAAAACUAGCUUCUACAACGGAGCACCUUUAUCAUUCGUCUUGUCGCAAUUUGAAAUUGGAAGAGGGUCAUCCAUUCUUCGGAAAAUAUUCAUCGGGCCCUGAUGGGGCUCCAAGUAUCACUAGUGGAAAAUUCGGACCAUGGUGCUACAUUAUAGAUAAUGGAAAAUACACACCGGCGUUUUGUUUUGAACACUGCGAUGAAUCGAAAAUAGUGGUUCCUCAUAUCACAAGAAAAAUUCAAACUGGAUAUUCGUAUCCGAAAUUAAACUAUAACCGGAUGCUGCUUGAUCCGAUCGAUAAAUUAUUCAAAAAAUAUAAUUUUGGCGAUCGAAAAUACUAUGAAUUCCUUCCUUCGAAAUAUGUCUCACCGGGAUAUAUCAGAUUUCGGCGGAAUAUGUUCUUCGGGCUGUGCAUUACUGUCGUUGUGGUUAUUUUCUGGGUUUCAAUUUGCUAUAUAAUGAAGAAGCGAUCCGUCGCUUUGUACAGAAAACGACAAAAGGCUUUGGAAGAGUUUUAUAGUUCAACUAACAUUGGCGAUAUUCGAUUGAGAAUUGAAAUGGAACGUGAAGCAAACGCAUAA